AUGAGUGACUCUCCGUUGUCAGACGUGCCGACGGACCUUGAUGGCUAUAAUCCUCACGAUGAGCCAGCCCUACCAGGGCUUUUUACCCCUUUUCAGCAAUCAAAUCCAAUUCCUGUCCGUCUACACCCGCCUAGCCAAAUGCUACCGCCAACGCAGUCGCUGCUGUUCACGAAGGAACUAUAUUCAAGAAUACUACUUGAGAGCAACCCGCCAACUAUCAAAAAAACGGAGCAAAGCAGCUUCAAAUUUGGCCUACUACCAUCAUCACCACACCACCACCAAUUCGGCCGCUCCAACCGCAAUCUUGACGAUGACGAAGAUACCGCUAAUUCGCCAGCUUCCGCCCUCAUUUUCUACGAAAUGGACGACGUCGCCCAUGCCCUUGACGACUGGGCCGUAAAGGAGAAGUUCGUCUUCCGAACUGAGUGUCGAGACGCCGAGCUUCCUGGAUUUGUGCGGAGGAAAGCUGCCCCUAGCGAGGUCACGGUAGCAAGGUCACGACAGCAACAUUUCCUCCGCCAAGCCGGCUCACCGCCUCCACAUCGCUGGCGCCACCUCGCUGUCGCCAACCCCCACCAUUUCCGUCCGCAUUGUGGCCCCCAGCUCGCUGCGUCCCCCCAAAAAGCCCCUCCCGACAAGGGCCCCCCAAUGGCCUCCCUUGUGGAGCUCUCAGUGCCCAUUGAUGGCACUGAGUUUGCCGACAUCGACACCCUCAUCCACGCUCUGGAUGAUUGGGCCGUCAAGCACAAGUUCUGCUUCCGGCUUUUUCGGCGGGACAAGAAGAGGAUAUAG